CCACCACCAGUCUCACCACCACCCCUCUCUUCUUAAAAACCAAAAAACCAAAAAACCAAAAAAACAAAACCAAACAAACAAAACAAAAGGUGGUAGAUGCAUGAGACACAAAUACAAUUACACACACACUCUCUCUCUCUUCCUUCGCUCACCACCCUCCCUUCCUUUAAAAUCCCAAUCCUUUUUCUUUUCCUUUUCCAGGGAAUUUAAUUAAAUUUACAACUGCCUCUAAUUCUCCGCUGCCUCUCUCCCAGCUCCAAGAACCGCCACCUUUCUGCCUCCUCAGGAAUGGGUGAUGCAUGAAAAGGCUGCCAAGUGAGUGUUGUGCUUCGAUAAUCAAGUUGAAAUCAACCAUGGUGAGCUUAAGAAGGCGCAGACUGUUGGGAUUGGGACUAUGCUGUGAGAUACCUCCGGUUCUAGAUCCACUUCCUAGGGUUGUCAACAAUGGAACCACUCCUCAAAAUUUCACCCGUGCGAAUCCUGUCAGUGUGCAUCCCAUGCCUGCAAAUGAUGCAUAUCAACCAGAUGGGAAUACCAUUGUGAAAGCAGAAUUUCGGUCCUCAACUGCAUCGGGUUGUAGCUUAUCCAAAGAGCAGCACGAUGUGGCAGGGCCACCAAUCAAACGCAGAAAGCGACAUCGCAGAAAGCAUGCUCAGAACCAGGAACCAUGUCUAAUGAGAGGUGUCUAUUUCAAGAAUAUGAAGUGGCAGGCAGCAAUAAAAGUUGACAAGAAACAAAUCCACUUGGGCACUGUUGGUUCACAAGAAGAGGCUGCUCAUUUGUACGACAGGGCUGCUUUCAUGUGUGGGAGGGAACCAAAUUUCGAGCUUUCUGAGGAGGAGAAGAAAGAACUCAGGAAAUUCAAGUGGGAUGAAUUCUUGGCUAUGACUCGUCAUGCAAUUACCAACAAAAAGCACCGGAGAAGGUCAGGGGCAGAGUCAGAGAAGAGGUCCGAGAGUCCUCAAUUGGAAGACGCAAACUGGGAGGAUGAAAAAGAAGAAGUGAAUGUCCUCUCAGCUUCAGAAGAUGCAGAGCAAGACAUGUUAGACUCUUGAACACAAACGUUCAAGGGCAAUGCUUAGUUUCCUCCUUUCUAACAGUUAAGCGGUUAGCUGAUAGACCUCCCAUUUUUUGGUGUAUACAGGCUCAUAUUAGGGCAAAUGGUGGAUUUCAUGGUCUUUUAAUAAGGCAAAUGCCCCAAAUAAUUAUUAGUUCCAGAUUAGGAGCGUCAUAGUUGUUAAUUGCUUCGAUCAGAUAAGCUGCUUCGAAGCAAUAAUUUGCAGUGGAAAUUGAAACCUUUAACUUAUUAAUGCUUGGGAAUCUUUAGUUCCAAGAAGUAUAAUCUGUAGAGUAAUCUGUUUAUA